CAACACCAUCCCUGUCCCAUAGGCACUAUCAGGCAGCUUCAAUGGAAGGAGGGUGCCAGGAAGGUGGCCUGGGAUAAGUUUGAAGAUGAUAAUUACAACAUGGAUGGUGUACAUUCUUGCCCGGAAAGCUGUAGGACUCCCCUUCCCACCAAAGACUAGCUCGGACAUUGAAGUUGUGGAAAGUGAGGCUGUAUCUGUAGUAGAGCAUUGGCUUAAAAAAACAGAAGAGGAGGCUUCUCAAGGCAUUAAGGAGAAGAUGUCCACCAACGUCUCUCCCACUCGUGGCCAAGACAUACACGUGACCAGAGAUGUGGUGAAGCACCAACUCUCAAAGGCCGACUUAUGUGCAAACCCAAGUCAAGAGGUCCUGGAGGAGAGGACAAGAAUCCAGUUCAUAAGAUGGAGCCACACCCGCAUCUUCCAAGUGCCAAGCGAGAUGAUAGGCGAGGUCAUGCAAGAUCGGAUCGAGCAGGUGAGACGAAGCUUAUCCCACCUGACCUGUGACCCAGCUCAGGACUCAGGCGUCAGAUCUUCCUUCACAAACUGCUAAGAGCAACGGGUGAGAGGGCUAGCAGGUUGAAACAUUCAAGGUCAAGGAGCAGCCUGUGUCAGAGGAACCUCUGCCUCCAGCUUGACCUGAAGGUGCAGACCUGGGCACAGGGACUCCAGAGGCAUCCCUGGAAUCCUCUCCUUGAACUGCUAAUAAAGAGACACACUAUUUGACAGCC